AUGUCUGAGCUAAAGUUUAAAGGCUUUCCUUUCCGAAAAAUCAAGGAAAAAAAUAUCCGUUCCAAAGUUCAACUGGAAUUUAUGGAUACUUUACUUCAAGUAAUUGCCAAGUCUCCUCACAAGAUUUCCUUAAAUAUCCCAGAAACUAUUAUUUAUGGUUACGGAAAUCAAGAACCUUAUAUGGUUUUUACAAAUGACUUGGGCCAUUUGAUAUCGGUAAAGGCUUCGAAAAUCAGCUUGUAAUUAUUAUAAAGAAUUCAUCGUUUUUUUAAGAGAUGCUACUUUUUAAAAAGAAAUCCUUUUCCAAUUAUAACUCAUGAACCUUAAUAGAUCUCUAUACCCCAGCAGAACACCGACCAGAAAAAUAUGGUACAGGGCGCCUACUUUAUACAUAUAAGUCUGAUUAGGCGCCUUAAAACCAUAAACGGAGAUUUGCCAUUUUCGUUUUUACUUUUCAAAAAAGCUGGCAAGUACAAAUUAAUUUUGGAAAUUAAAAUGUAUGGCCAAUAAUGAUCUAAAAUAUUUCAGGAAGCUAUAUCGUUUAUAAGAGUGAUAAAGGGAAUUUAAUGGACUCGUGCAGCACUAUAAUGAGCAUUAAAGAAGGAAUUGAUCUAUGGAAGUCUAAGCUAAAGGCCGAAGAGCCAGUUUUAAUUCAAAGAUAUGUAGCUCCUUGUGCAAUGUAUAUAUCAAAACUACGGGCUUUUUAUUUACCUUCAAAAGGGUUUGUGCAAUGCAAGCUGAUGAAAAAUAAAAUAAACAUUAAUGGUGAGAUCACAAGCAGCAUUCGAGGAACUCCAAAAAGGAGAUCUGUUAUUUUUAAUGAAGAUAUACUGAAGCAGCCAUUUGGAAAUGAUGACAAAUUUUUGAUUAGAAAAUCUGAAUUUAUGCACUAUGAUGAAGCUGAUUUCCCUAUAAAUAGUUCUAUACAUAAUCAGCUGGAAGCUUUAAAAGCAAUAAUUGAAAAAGGAAAUUUGUAUGGGAAAAUCAAUGUCAUGGAAAUCCUGGCUGAUUUUGUGCAGGAUUAUGACGAAAAUUGGUAUUUUAUCAAUAUGGUCGGAUUUAAGACAGAAAAAAUAAUUUCUGGAAUUACUCCUGCAUAUUUCAGCGAUAAAAAGCAUAAAAGGCCAUUUGUGAGGUCAAAUUCUCAGCCAAAAUACACUUCUCCUAAAAAAUCAUGAGGUCCAAAAAUAUUGCUAAAUAACACUCAAUUUAUGAAAUCACCAGAAAUAACAAUAAAUAACAUUGAAAAACCUCGAUCAGCAGCAAAUAGUCCUGCAUUUACAGACUAUAGUAAAACUCCUCAAGAUGCCAAGAGUGUUCCAAUUGGAAAUAAAAGAAAAUCCCAGAGUUUUUCAAACGUUGCUGCUGAUGUCACACAUGAUUAUAAACAUAGGAAAAAUAGUGUUUCAGUUUUAAGGGAGGAAACGCUGAAAGAUUUGACUUUUAUUGCACAGCGUGAGAAAUUAUUGUUUAGUUUGCCUCAAAAAAUAAAAAAAUUGCAGAAAAUCUCUUUAUCGAAAUCUCCUUGAAAUAUUGUUCUGCAUAAGCAUUUUAGUACGCAAUCCUAA